CAACUGUCCACCAAAACGGCAGAGCAGUGGUCAAUCCAAAGGGCUCCGGACGGGUAACUGUUGGCUUGAAUAAGGGCGGCUGUGCGGGUCCCAAACACACGAAGAACAUGGCUCGUAGUUCCUCAGGGAACAACAACCGUACCGUCUUCAAUGGCACCAGCGGCUCGAGCCAGGUGAAUCUGACAGUAGGGCGGACUCACGGCCACCCAGUUCGUGCUGUUUCUAAUCCGGCUGUUACUCCUGUUCUCGCUCCGCGUGCCUUCACAAUCGCCCAUCCAUAGGUCGCACCUGUCACGUGGUCUGACUCGGGAUUGCGGUUUGCGGGCCUCGCUUCUCGCCGCGGAACCGAUGCCCUCCUUGGGACUGGGCGUUAUCACAACCAAAAAACGGUUUUUCAAGAGAACCUCCACCUUCAAUCGCGAAGAAGGAUUUCGCGAGCAGCUGCGCGGAGCGAGGCGAGUUGCCUCUCCUCGCCCAAAAGUCUCGUCGGCAACGGUCAUGACGGAGGACGUCUGGACAAGCUAGGAGGCGGACUUUCUCCGUGCCUCGAUGCCUGCGGGUCCCGUGCAGUUUAUUUUCUUUGAAGCUCAUUAUAGCACAAUCCAUGCCGUAAUGCGCACUCGAGAAUCCCAAUCUUUGGUGUAUUCUGGCCUCUAUCUCCUGACUAAACAAUGUGCUUAUGGCAUCUCUAUCAUGAGCAUUACUUUCUUUCGCUU